UUCCUUGUGUGUUUCGCUGCCGUUCAACGCAGAGCAUCUUGGUCAUUACUGUGUCAUUAUACACCAUUUAAUACCUUUCCGCUGUUAUCUCCGUUCCUGUCUGUGUUCAUGGAAUGGCGGACAGCGAACGAUCUCCGCUGCUGGCAGAUACUCGAGAUGAAGCAAACGGGUUGUCUGCAGGAGAUGGCCAGUAUGGAGUUCUGCCUAAACCUCAAAGUCUUCCUCCGUUCACUAGUGCUCCUCAGGAGGCGCCUCCUCCCUACUCCCCUCUGGGUUCUCCGGACAGCAGCAGUGCCCCGGUCAUCAGCUGCAGGGUGUGCCAGAGCCUGAUCAGUGUAGAGGGGAAGGUCCACCAGCAUGUGGUCAAAUGUGGAGUCUGCAAUGAGGCUACACCCAUAAAGAACGCUCCCACUGGGAAGAAGUACGUGCGCUGCCCCUGCAACUGCCUCCUCAUCUGCAAGGUGACGUCCCAGCGGAUCGCCUGCCCACGGCCGUACUGUAAGAGGAUCAUUAACCUUGGGCCGGUGAAUCCAGGAUCCGUGGCCUCAGAGCCUCAGCCUACUGGAGCACGCGUCUGCUGUGGACACUGUGCCAACACAUUCUUGUGGACAGAGUUUACAGACAGGACACUAGCCAGAUGCCCACACUGCAGAAAAGUCUCUUCUAUUGGUCAGCGUUACCCGCGAAGGCAGAGCUUAUGGUGUUUCCUGUUGUGUUUGAUCUUUGCCAUAGCAACAGCAGGCCUAAUAGCGGGCACCUGGGUCCAGACGCAGUCCAACAAGCGCAUCUACGCCGCGUGGGCCGUGCUGAUGGUGCUGGCGCUGCUGAGCCUGGCCCGGGCCAUCUACUGGACCUGCAUGAAGAUCAGCGAGCCCCUCCAGAGCUACGCCUGAAGCACAGAGCAAACCAAUGACCUUGGAGACAGGGGAGGAGGAGGAGGAGGAGGAGGAGGAGGAGGAGAGGAGGAGGAGACGGGAUGGACAGAGGGAACAGUGGGAAGAAGAGAGAGGGAAAGACAGAAUAUGGAGGAGUGGGUAGAGGGGAAAAUGAUGGAGAAAUGGAUGGAGUGGUAGAAUAGUCUGACGUGUGGUGCUGUUUGGAACAUGAAUAGAGGCGGGUGGAGGCAAUAAGCUUUUUGUUAUGUACAUGUUUAAAAAAUGUAAGUCAUGCCAUACUGAUCAACUCUGAUUCCCUGUGCUGUGUAGCCUGUCUGUGCCCCCCCCCCCCCAGCCUUCCCAGGCAUGCCCAAGUCCAAGUAUUGAAAUACUAAACUCCCCCUCCCUCAGUUCCUUCUACCAUUCCUAAUGGCAUUAACACUUACUGUGACAUAUUUCCUGGGAGGUGGCUGGUUUUGUUUUUUAGUGUCUAAAUGUUUACCGCUCAUAAUUUACUGACCUGCACUCAGACCACCUGGACUGGACUCCCUCAGGGCUCUCCGUGUGGAUGACACUGUGGCAUUAGCAUGCGCUCUACAACGGUAACCUGGCAACACGCGGCAUGCAGAAGCCACGAGGACGCAGGUGUUGUCACGUAAACACACCUGUAAUGAGCUCAGCGAGGAGCCCGCUUAGGCCAGAUAUGUUGGUCAUGAAAUGAGGAAGGUGUGGAGUCCGUUACAGACCAAGCUUUCUUCCUCUGGGCCGUGAGGGGCCUCUCUUCUAAUAUCCUGAUCGUUUAGCACCUUGGUUUGGUGUGGCUGGUUUUCCCUUUUGAUCAUCACUGUUGGAAUUAAAUCAUGCAAAUAUGAUCUCUGAACUUGUUCAACAACUGCAAACUGGAAAAAGUGCUAACAGGUGUUAUUAUUCAUCUCUGACUUAAUUACAGCUCCAACACUAUCUUUCUCUCACACAUACACACACACACACACACACACACACACAUCCAUACACCAAAAAUCUAUAUAAAAUCUCAAUGAUUUGGGGGCAUAAUUUAGGGAAGUGGCUAUCAAUGUUUACUUUUUUCCCUCGCAAACUAACUUAGGGUCUAUUUUUUUAAUCUUUUAAUUGUUUUUGUUUCCAGGUGUUUAAUAUUGUUAAAUGUAAAUGUUGAAAUGUACUACAGCUGAUGACAACUAAUUCAUUCCUUUUUUGUCAAUAUGUUUAUUUUUGCAUUUUUUGUACAUUUAUCUGUGAUAAAUAUUUUAACAACGGAA